CACCGACGUCAAUUCUCUACGGACUGCAGAAGCUUCGUCUCGACUCUCGACUCUGAGUUCUCAUCCAACCCGGAUAAGGCCAUAAUGGCGGGAGCGUAAACCAGCCUUUGAAUCUCACUUUCUCUCUCUCUAUCUCGUCCCUAAUGGCGACGGCCUCCGUAACUCCGCUAUCCCAUAUCAUCUCGACUUUUAAAACUUCAAAAUUUUCGUCAUUUCACUCCAUUUCUACCAAUUUAACCAAAAACUCUGGUCAAUUUCUUCAUUCCCAGAAGCUUGUUGUCCAUAGAAGGGAAAUCCUCAAAGGAGUCAUUUUAGUUCCGAUCCUGUGGAAAGAACCUCCAAUCUCAGAGGCUCGAGAGGUCGAAGUCGGUUCCUAUCUUCCACCGUCGCCUUCUGAUCCUUCCUUCGUCGUCUUCAAGGCCACUUCCAAGGAUACUCCUGCUCUUCGUGCAGGAAAUGUGCAGCCUUAUGAGUUCCUCAUCCCACCUACUUGGAAACAGAUGCGUGUGGCCAACAUACUAUCUGGAAAUUACUGCCAACCCAAGUGUGCAGAACCUUGGGUGGAGGUGAAAUUUGAAGAUGAGAGGCAGGGGAAAAUCCAGGUGGUGGCUUCUCCAUUGAUACGCUUGACUAACAAACUCAGUGCUACAAUUGAAGAAAUUGGGAGCCCUGAAAAGUUGAUUGCAUCACUUGGUCCCUUUGUCACUGGAAGCACAUAUGAUCCUGAUGAAGUCAUUGAAACUUCUGUUCAAAAGCGCGGCAAUCAGACGUAUUACACAUAUGCGCUGGAGACUCCAUUUGCCUUGACAGGUUCACACAAUCUUGCAAAGGCUACUGCUAAGGGAAACACAGUCAUCUUAUUUGUAGCAAGUGCCAAUGAUAAACAGUGGCAGACAUCUCAGAAAACUCUCAAAGCUAUGCUUGAUUCCUUCGAAGUGUAGUUUUCUAGUGAAACAAAAAUUAAGUGGUUAUAUUCAUUUAUUUAUUCUUUUAAUUUGUCAUUUCACUUGCAGAAGUAGGAUCUUCUGAGCCAGUCCUGCAGUUUCAUCCAUCUACCAAGUUUUAAAUCACCUGAAAGUGAAUAAGAAUUGUGCUUCAUGGAUGAGAUACUAUGGAUGAGCUAAGUGGGGCACGGGCAGGGUUCGACACAGAUGAAUAUUGCCAAUAACUUUCAUUUUCCAAUCAGUGUAUUACUGAGGACAACUUAAAAUUGUACAUUUUCUAGAUAAAUGUGCCAAGCCCGGGAGUCGAGACAGGAUGGUACCAGUUUCUAAACGAUUCUAGGCAUUGUAGAAAGGGGAGAAGAACUUCAAUGGUUCUUAAUGAGAUGGUUCCAUUGUUAUUUGUUGCA